UUUCAUAGGAAGCUCAAACACUUUUCUUCAUUUUCUUUAAAAAUUCACCAUCAAUGGUGACCGCAGUCAUACAAAAGCGGCGUACGGCAGCACCAACGUUUGCAUCCGCUCCAUCACCGCCGCCGAGAUGUACGAUGUCAUCUAAGCGUCACCCACAUGUGCUGCGCACCCAUCAUCUUCAACAUCCUCCUCAACCCCAAGCCACACGGGCGCCUCCGCCUCUCCGCUCCCGUGGAGAUCCUGACCGACGGCACGCCUCCCCCCGCCACGCUCCGGGAGAGGAUCGAAGGGCUGGGAUUCUCACCUCGAUCGAUGAAGUUCGACCCUGAUGGGUAGUUUUCAUCGUCGACCAAAGGGCUGAGAGGAAUUUUCUACGUUGAAAUUGAUUUGGGGGAAAUUUACUGAUUUGUGUGAAGUGAAAAUGACGAGGGUAAAAAAGUAAUCUCAACUCUAAUUUUGGAUGUCAACACCGCUUCAAGAAAUAAAAACCACCUCGAGAAGAAGAUUUGAAAUUGGGUCUUUCUCAAGUGAACAGUGCGGGCCCUGUGACUUUUCUAGGGCUUACUUGAAAUGAAUAAAGGAAGGUGAACAUCAGAAUUACUCUAGAAUUGACCCCAUUUCUUGGUAUAUCUAAGAAAGUGAACGGGUCCUUAGUGGAGAGUGGAGACGGCUACGCCGUCAUAACCAUAAAGCUCACUGUUACUGAGCGAGAGCUUCCCUACGCCUAAUUCAUGGGCAACAAAGACAAGGCUAGAGAGAGGAGAGAGAAAAGGCGCCAAGAAAUCUCUCUCGUCCGAACUAUUCCCUAUUCCGAUCACCAAAGAUGGUGGACCUCCAACACCAUUGCAGUGGUGACUGGUGCAAAUAGGGGAAUUGGAUAUGAGAUAUCACACCAACUUGCCGGCCACGGAUUGACAGUUAUUUUCACCUCGAGAGACACUAGCGUUGGAGAAGAAGCAGCAAAGGUCUUACAAGAACGAGGUCUAAAUGUCGUGUACCGUCAACUAGAUAUUGUGGAUCCUUCAUCGAUUGAAGCAUUUUCUACGUGGAUAGAGGAAGUUUAUGGUGGUAUAGAUAUAUUGGUAAAUAAUGCAGGAGUAAACUUCAAUUUUGGGUCAGACAAUUCCGUGGAACAUGCGGAAAAAGUCAUUGCGACCAACUACUAUGGGACCAAAAACAUGAUCAAAGCCAUGGUCCCUCUCAUGAGACACUCAACUUCAGGUGCUCGCAUUCUUAAUGUUAGUUCAAGACUCGGAAGACUGAAUGGAAGACGGAAUAGAAUCGGAAAUGUUGAGUUAAGAAGAAAGCUGGAAGAUGACGAAUCACUCUCUGAGGAACUCAUCGACCAGACAAUGGAUAUGUUCUUGGAGCAAGUAAAAGAUGGCAGUUGGAAAGAGGGUGGUUGGCCUCAAGUUUACACAGACUACUCUUUGUCAAAAUUAGCUGUCAACACUUACACGAGGUUAAUGGCUAGGAUAUACUCGGAGCGGGUGGAGGGUGAGAAGGUAUAUAUGAACUGCUGCUGUCCCGGCUGGGUGAAAACACGUAUGACUGAUUGGGCAGGGCACACUAGCCCCGAAGAAGGGGCUGAUACUGCAGUAUGGCUUGCCCUGCUUCAAGACCAAACUGUGAGUGGCAGAUUCUUUGCUGAGAGGCGUGAGAUUAAUUUCUAAGAUACAGGAUGGCUUACCUUCUCGGACAAGAAACGAAGUAACGCUGCUGUGACGGAACCAGCAUAGGCCACGCCCCCGCUCCAGCGGGGGCUUGCUUGUUCCUGAUCACUAUUACCACCGGAAAUUGUAAGGGUGCCACCCAGUUGCAGAAUCUAUUGAUUGCUUAAGGAAGAAGAUGAAGUUACAUGCUUAGGUUUUGCUAUUGGACUGGAAUGUAUAAUAAAAUCAAUUGGGUCAUUGGUAUUUAGUAGUAGAUGCUAUUAAUACUCUUAUUUAAUUCCUGACCAAAUAUCUCUCACUAUAGAUAAAUCGAUAGUCAUUAGUUUUAUAA